AUGCCCGAGGUGGCUUCUGAAGAACCCAAACAGAGCUGGUUGGCGACACAGGAUUUGUCCAAGCUUGAUCCUACACAGUUGAACCCAUUGACCGAGGAGGUAAGUUGGCAGUUUUCUUUUUGAGUUUCUUUUUUAAGGUUAUCAGUCGUCAAGCCACUAUCAACAUUGGUACGAUUGGUCAUGUAGCUCAUGGAAAGUCCACACUGGUCAAGGCUAUUUCUGGUGUUCACACUGUCAAGUUCAAGAACGAGUUGGUGAGGAAUAUUACCAUCAAGCUCGGUUACGCUAAUGCUAAGAUUUAUCGGUGUUCCAAUGAGGAAUGUCCACGUCCAGGAUGCUACAGGUAGGUAUUGUCUUUUUUAUUUUUAAUUUUCAUCUUAGUUUUUUGUUUUAUUCUAAAAAGUUGAUAAACAAUAAAAUUUAGGUCGGGUGGGUCAAGUGAGCCUGACAGAAUUCCAUGUAGACGAGAUGGAUGUGGCGGCGAGUUUGUCUGUGUCAGACACGUAUCAUUUGUCGACUGUCCUGGUCACGACAUUCUCAUGGCUACAAUGUUGAACGGUGCUGCUGUGAUGGAUGCCGCUCUUUUGUUGGUGGCUGGAAAUGAACCAUGCCCACAACCUCAGACUUCUGAACAUCUUGCUGCCGUUGAAAUUAUGCAGUUGAAGAAUCUGUUGAUCUUACAAAACAAAAUUGACUUGAUCAAAGAGUCGCAAGCCAAAGAUCAACAAGAACAGAUCAAGAACUUUGUGCAGGGAACCGUUGCUGACUCAGCUCCGAUUAUUCCAAUUUCUGCUCAGCUUAAGUACAACAUUGAUGUAAGUUAAUCUUAUUUGCUAACAAUAAUACUAUCGUCUUUUUAAGUGUUAUUUUUUAUAAAAUGUCGUUUCUAUUUAAUUUUAGUUAUCUAUUUGUAAUUUUAGGUUGUUUGUGAAUAUCUUUGUAAGAAAGUGCCAAUUCCACCAAGAGAUUUUACUUCCGACGCUCGAUUGAUCGUCAUUAGAUCUUUCGAUGUCAAUAAACCAGGUUCAGAAGUCGAAGAACUUAAAGGUGGAGUAGCUGGUGGUUCUAUUCUUAAAGGUAAAGUUUUUUUUGACUGUUUACGUUUUUUAUUGAAUAGGAAAUUUGGAUAUUUAAUUUUCUGCUAAUAAGUUUUUGUGACAUUUUGAUCUUUUUUAUAAUUUGUCCGAAGAGGCAGAUUUUAAAACUAAUUUUUGACUAUUGUGUCAUUUUAGGUAUCCUCCGCGUUGGCCAAGAGAUCGAAGUACGUCCAGGUAUUGUAACUAAGACUGCCGAUGGCCGAGUUCAAUGUCGUCCGAUCUUCUCCAAGAUUGUUUCUUUGUUUGCCGAACAAAACGAGCUUCAGUACGCCGUUCCUGGAGGUCUGAUUGGUGUUGGUACAAAGAUUGACCCCACACUUUGUCGUGGUGACCGUCUGGUAGGACAUAUCUUGGGGGCUGUUGGUACCCUGCCCGACGUGUUCAUAGAAAUAGAAAUCUCCUACUUCUUGCUGCGACGUUUGUUGGGAGUUCGUACUGAAGGAGGAAAGAAGGCCGCCAAGGUGCAGAAGUUGGAUAAGGGAGAAGUUUUGAUGGUGAACAUAGGGUCGCUUUCAACUGGAGGGCGUGUCAUUGCCGUGAAAGGUAAGAUUUUGUUUUAUCUAACUAUUUUUAUGGAAUAAAUAAAAUAUGUUUUUAUAAUUUUUGUGUAUUUAACAUUAUUUUUUAGGCGAUGCUGCUAAAAUCGCAUUGACAGAACCGAUCUGCACCGAAGUGAACGAAAAGAUUGCCUUAAGCAGAAGAAUCGAGAAGCAUUGGCGUCUGAUCGGAUGGGGCACGAUCAGACGAGGCGUGACCAUCACACCCGUCACCGAAUAA